AUGGCAGACUUCGAGGGUAUCGCGAAGCAAUUCGUGCAAUUCUACUACCAGACCUUCGACCAGAACCGCCAGCAGCUCGCAUCGCUCUACAGAGAAGACUCGAUGUUGACCUUCGAGCAGACCCCAACCCAGGGUGCUGCCAACAUCGUUCAGAAGCUCACGGAUCUGCCAUUCCAGAAGGUCGAGCACCAGGUUGCAACUCUCGAUGCGCAGCCAAGCAAUGGAUCAGGAGGCAUCAUGGUCGUAGUGAGCGGGGCGUUGUUGGUUGACGAAGAGCGCCGGCCCAUGAGCUACACGCAGACCUUCCAGCUUCUACCAGCCGACGGCAGCUACUAUGUCUUCAACGACAUCUUCCGUCUCGUCUACCCUGCAGGCGCCUGA